AUGAAUAAUACGACGUCACCUGAAUUAUAUUAUUAUAAGGAAAUAACAAAAACAAUAUCAAAAGUAGUCUCACCAUUUAUAUUAAUAUUAUGUUUUAUUGGAAAUGUAUUAUCAUUUUUCGUAUUGAUUAGUCAUCGUUUACGCAAACAGUCUACGGCAUGUUAUUUAGCUGUUCUAUGUAUUGUUGAAAUUGGAACAUGUUUCACAGGUCUACUGAGACAAUUUUUAAUAGAUGCAUUUAAAAUUGAUAUACGAACAAUGGAACAUUUAAUUACAAAUUCGUAUUAUCGUACAUGGAUAUGUCGUAUUCAUAUUUAUUUGACAUAUAUUUUUCUUCGUUUAUCAUCUGUUCUUCUUGUUGUUGUAACAAUGCAACGAUAUUUAUAUGUCUCAAAAAAGUCGACAUGUACACAAAAAAAUGUAUUUAUGCAAGUAUUUUCAAUAAUUAUAAUUGUUUGUUUAUGUGAAUCACAUUUUUUCAUUUAUUAUGAAUAUACACUUUCAGAUACCCGACCAAAAGUUGAACAAAGAAUGGAAUGUACAGUGGAUAAAGAACGACAUAUAGAUUAUUAUAAAUUUCGAAGUGAAUAUUAUGGAAAAAUAUCUUUAUUUUUAUUUACAUUAUUACCGUUUGCACUCAUGAUUAUAUUCAAUGGUCUGUUAAUACGCACUAUUCAUCAGUCAACUAAGCGUAUUCAGAGUAAAAAAUCUUCAAAAAAACGAAAUGUUACACGAAUGCUACUCACCGUUAGUCUAUUUUACACUAUCCUCACAUCACCAGCUAGCAUUUACCUUGCCCUUGCACCACCCAAAUAUCAGUUACGUCCUUGGUAUGUUAUACAAUGGACACUAUUAAAACUUCUAUUUUAUUUAUGUCAUUCAGUCAAUUUUUUACUCUAUUGUGUUAGUGGUUCAACAUUUCGUGAAGAGUUUUUAGCUAUGGUUUUAUGUCAAACAUCCUCUUCACGCUAUCGUCAUCAAAGUGAACGUGAACAACCAAAAUCUAGAUUUUUAAAUAGUUUCUACCGUUUUUUAUCUACACAACGACAACGAACUCAAGGGACUUAG